AUGCCGCAUGCAACGUCGGACUCGGUCGAGCUGGAAAUUCUGGAAAUUCGCCACGAUUCCAGCGAUGACGAUGCCGACGAGGCAGCGGCCGCUCUUGGCGGGCGGCGCAAGAACCCGCGGUCUUGUCGCCGCCAGCAACCGCCGACCGGUAGCCCCGCCGGGGCACCGGGUGUCGAGGGUCGGGCCGCGUCACCCCCGAAGCGGAAACGGUUCCGACGCAAUCGCACCAGCGGCCGGCGGAAGUCAAACUCCCAGAGCUGCGGCAGUCUGUACAAUCUGGCGGCGACACGUCCGCUGCACGCCCAGCGCUCGGAACCGAACGUCAACUUCUACUCAAGCCCCGGUGAGCAGCAGUACGAGGCCACGAUCGACGUAAACUUCCACGUCCAGGACAGCUCGAACACGCUGGACGAUGCGCCGGUGCUGGAGAGCUGCGAGAGUCUCGGCCGAUCGCGGAGUGGCCGGACUCGAUGCAGUUCCGCGGGCACCGGUCACCGCCUGCUGAUGGGUUGCUCCUCCACGGGUGGAGAAAUUGGUGGUGGUGGUGGUGUUGGUGGUGGUCGCGGGAUUGAUACCGUCCACGGUGACGACGACGACGACGAAGCGGGACGUCGGCGCCACGACGGCUUCGGAGAUGAAGACCCCAGAGGGGGGCACCACCGUACGCUGGGUGCCGAUGCUACCCACCUGCCGGCGCACGGUCUCCGGGCGUCGAUUGUCUCCAUGCUGAGCCGGCUGGGCAUGUGGAACACCGGCAAAGCGGCGAAGGGAGGCGGCCAGCCGGCGGCGAUGGCUCGCAGUGAGACCAAGUCGUCUUUCGAUCGCGGCCAAUCUUACAUAUCGAACGGAGCCACCCGACUGCGAUCGAUUUUCGGCGAAAAUGAACGACGAAUACGAGCCAACGAUAGAGAAUACAACACACAGUUUAAAUACGCUAAUAACUACAUCAAAACGUCCAAAUAUUCGAUAUUAACAUUUCUGCCUUUGAACCUGCUGGAGCAGUUCCAACGUCUUGCCAACUUUUACUUUCUGUGUCUGCUGAUCCUCCAACUGAUACCGGCGAUCUCGUCCCUGACGCCGGUCACCACCGCGAUCCCGCUGAUCGGUGUACUGAUGCUAACUGCCAUCAAGGAUGCCUACGAUGAUUUCCAACGACACAUGUCCGAUUCGCAAGUUAACAACCGGCGCUCGAAAGCGCUCCGCCACGGCAAGCUGGUGGACGAGCGGUGGUCCGGGGUGCAGGUCGGCGAUAUCAUCCGGAUGGACAACGAUCAGUUCGUGGCGGCCGACAUCCUGCUGCUGUCGUCGAGCGAACCGAACGGGCUCUGCUUCAUCGAGACGGCCGAGCUGGACGGGGAAACGAACCUCAAGUGCAAACAGUGCCUACCGGAGACGGCCGCCAUGGGCCAGCAGGAGGACCUGCUGUGGAAGUUCAACGGCGAGAUCGUGUGCGAGCCGCCCAACAACCUGCUGAACAAGUUCGAGGGCACGCUAACGUGGAAGAACCAGCGCUACCCGCUCGACAACGACAAGAUCCUGCUGCGCGGCUGCAUCAUCCGGAACACGCAGUGGUGCUACGGGGUCGUCAUCUUCGCCGGCAAGGACACCAAGCUGAUGCAGAACUCGGGCAAGACCAAAUUCAAACGGACGACCAUCGAUAGGCUAUUAAAUUUUAUAAUCAUAGGAAUAGUAUUCUUUCUGUUAUCGAUAUGCGGGUUCUGCACGAUUGCGGCCUCAAUAUGGGAAGCGUUUUUAGGAUAUAAAUUUCAAAUUUAUCUGCCAUGGGAAAGGAUAAUCCCCAAGGAUUACCUGCAAGGUGCAAUCAGUAUCGGAUGUCUAGUCUUUUUUUCCUACGCAAUCGUACUGAACACUGUGGUGCCAAUAUCUUUAUACGUGUCGGUAGAGGUGAUACGGUUCGCGCAAUCCUUCCUCAUCAACUGGGACGAAAAGAUGUACUACGAAAAGUCGAAAACCCAUGCCAAAGCACGGACGACCACGCUGAACGAGGAACUGGGCCAGAUUCAGUACAUUUUCUCGGACAAAACGGGAACACUGACGCAGAACAUUAUGACCUUCAACAAGUGCAGCAUUGCCGGUCGUGCCUACGGCGACGUGGUGGAUGUGCGAACCGGUGAAACGGUCGACCUGUCCGAGCCGCCAUUCAACAGUAACACGUCGCUUUUGUUAAACGCUGAAGAGCUACCAGGUCGCAGCACACCACAGCCAACAACCACCGCCGAACCAGUUCAGAUUGCAAGCCCCUCAAACAAACAGCAUCCACCUUCACUACAUGUUAGAUUCAGUCAGCACAGUAAUAGCCAAGAAACGCAGACGUCCAUAUCCACUAAGCAAGACACACAAGCCUAUAUCCCGGCGCAGUCGACCACCGACGUACCACCAAGUGGGAACAAUACGCAAGGACUGCAUGUUUCCUCAUACAGCGUGGUUACGGAGUCGGUAGACUUUUCCUUCAACCCGGAGUACGAACCCGACUUCCGGUGGUACGAUCAGGGGCUGCUGGACGCGGUCCGGGCGGACGAGCAGCACGCGCAUAACUUUUUCCGUUUACUAGCUCUGUGCCACACGGUGAUGGCGGAGGACAAAAAUGGCAAGCUAGACUAUCAAGCACAAAGUCCUGACGAGGCGGCCCUCGUGUCGGCGGCCCGGAAUUUUGGAUUUGUUUUUAAAUCUCGAGCACCAAACAGUAUAACAAUAGAGGUCAUGGGACGGAUGGAGGAGUACGAGCUGUUGAGUAUAUUAGAUUUUAAUAAUGUUAGAAAGCGAAUGUCCGUGGUUUUGCGCCGCAACAACUCCAUUAUUCUGUACUGCAAGGGCGCCGACAGUGUGAUAUAUGACCGGCUGGGACCGAACCAGCACGACCUGAAGGCUCGCACACAGGAACACCUGAACAAAUUCGCUGGCGAAGGUCUGCGCACACUAGUCCUGGCCGAGCGGAGGCUAUCGAAGGAGUUCUACGAGUCGUGGCUGCUGCGCCAGAGAGAAGCUGCCUUAUCUUUAGACGGUAGAGAGGACAAGCUGGGGGCGAUAUACGAGGAGAUCGAAUGUGAUAUGCAGCUGGUCGGCGUGACCGCUAUAGAGGAUAAGCUGCAGGAUGGCGUGCCGCAAACGAUAGCGAACCUCCAGCUGGCGGGCAUCAAGAUAUGGGUUCUAACGGGCGAUAAGCAAGAAACGGCAAUAAACAUAGGAUACUCCUGCCAACUACUAACGGACGACAUGGUGGACGUGUUUGUGAUCGACGGCCUCACCAAACCGGAAGUUGAACAGCAGCUGCGCAAGUACAUGGACUCGCUGCGGAUUGUCAACACCUACCACCCGGCGAAUGUCCAAAAGGGGAGCACUGUGCACGCGCAAACGGUCGCCAGCAGUGACACGAGCGCCGUAACCGCAAACGGCGCCCACAGCAGCAGCUCCGGGCCGAUGGUCGACAUACAGAAUACCUCGCCCCCGUCGGUUUCGGUGGUGACGUUUAGGUGGGAUAAUAGACAUAAAUAUACAAGUAUAGGAGGAAGCGAGGAGGCACCGGACAGCGUAAACUGUAGCAACUACUCCGAAGGGUUCGAGAAGGGCGUACCGACGCUCACCGAGCUGGACGAGAACACGGGCGUGGCCCUGGUCAUCAACGGCCACUCGUUGGUGCACUGUCUGACGUCGGAGCUGGAGAGUAAGUUCCUGGAAAUUGCUUCCCACUGCAAAGCGGUCAUCUGCUGCCGCGUGACACCCCUCCAGAAGGCGAUGGUCGUGGAGCUGAUCAAGCGGGCCAAGAACGCGGUCACACUAGCGAUCGGUGACGGUGCCAACGAUGUGUCGAUGAUCAAAGCGGCGCACAUCGGCGUAGGAAUCUCGGGCCAGGAGGGCAUGCAGGCCGUCUUGGCCAGCGACUACUCCAUCGCCCAGUUCAAGUUUCUCGAAAGACUGCUGCUGGUGCACGGCCGCUGGUCGUACUAUCGGAUGUGUAAAUUUUUGCGCUACUUUUUCUACAAAAACUUCGCAUUCACGUUGUGCCACUUUUGGUAUGCCUUUUUUUGCGGCUUCAGUGCUCAAACCGUUUUCGAUCCGAUGUUUAUAUCCGUGUACAAUCUAUUCUACACCUCGCUCCCGGUGCUGGCGUUGGGUAUCUUCGAGCAGGACGUGUCGGACAAGAAUAGUGUCGACUAUCCGAAGCUCUACACACCCGGCAUCACCAACGCACUGUUCAAUACGACCGAGUUCAUCCGCAGCGUCCUGCACGGUAUCUUCAGCUCGCUGAUACUGUUCCUCAUUCCGUACGGCACGUACAAGGAUGGCAUUUCUCCGGAUGGGUACGUUCUGAACGACCACAUGUUACUCGGUUCGGUAGUGGCCACGAUACUGAUUCUCGACAAUACCGCGCAGAUCGCACUCGAUACGUCGUACUGGACCGUGUUCAAUCACAUAAUGAUCUGGGGCAGUCUCCUGUGGUACUUCUUUCUCGACUACUUCUACAACUACGUGAUCGGUGGCCCGUAUGUCGGAUCGCUAACGCAAGCCAUGAAGGAAGCCACCUUCUGGUUCACUACCGUCCUGACGGUCAUUGUCCUGAUGAUACCGGUACUGGCCUCGCGGUUCUACUUCGUCGACGUGUUCCCCAGCUUGCCGGACAAGAUUCGUGCCCAGCAGCGACUGGCUUUGCUGCGGUCUCGUCAAAGUAGCGACGUGUUGCGUACUCCAUCGGCUCGUAAAGCCCGCAGAUCGCUCCGUUCCGGUUACGCGUUUGCGCAUCAGGAAGGAUUCGGGCGGCUCAUCACGUCCGGCAAAAUUAUGCGCAAGCUGCCCCAGGACUUUGCCUUUCCGCUCGGAUUGGGCAGCAAAAAGCAACAAUCAACUGAAUCGACCAAAAACAAUAACAAUAACGUUAACAACAGUAAUGCCAAUAAUGUUAACAACACAAACAACGGUAGCGGCUUGGUAGGAAGCACCGCGACCGGCGGGAGCGUAACGACCACAACGGCGGCGACCGGCACCACGCUGACGGCGAUGGCGGCGGCCAUUAACGGUAAUCAAAUCGUGAAUCUCCCGGGUAGCUCCAACAGCGAUCACAGUCCGAGGGCCCCGUGCCAGGACCUGGACACGAUCAACCUGUAAGCGAGCAGCUCCACACCACUGUACCUGCUAAGAAGAUUGUUCACAAGGAAUUUGUCAACCACCCCGGACAAGUAACGAAACACACAUCCUUCUCUUCAACCCGCAGACAGCCCAUCGAAUCGUGUUGAUCGGCGAGCAGUGCCGAUACAGAUAUCCUUUCCUCAUUCUUGAUGCACUUUUGGAGCCGUUUGUCGAAGCAUAUCUCGGCGUCGGGGAAACACGGACGUUGUUUUAAUACACUCUUUCACACCACUGACUAUUCGGUCCAUUGUUGGACCGGAAGCUGUUGCACGAGAAACGAUUCUACCCAAUCUCAAUCAUACUACAAUGGCGAUCAUCAUCGAUCCUAUCCUUUUUGCGUUCAGGAGAGUCUGUUUUACUUCAUGAUAUUUUAACGCCCAUCAACACAGCGCGUGUUGUAACAGAUCGCAACUAUCCUCACAAAGCUACAAUGACGUAUAACAAUAAAGAGGCAAAGGGAAAUCCGACGCCGCCCUCAACCGAUGGACUCGUGUGAGGCCAGUUGUUCGGCAACGACACUUUGCAAACAUUGGAAACAAAGUGUUGUCGCUUGCGCGAGCGGAACCAUGUAAUCAUGGUUUGCGGUCGCCGUACUUACCCAUUGCCGAUCAGCUGCCUAUUUCCUUCUGUCCUUGAAUCUCUAACAAAACAAGAAUCUAGUAAAACAAAAAGAUCUGUAAUAAAAGAAUCGAAAUCGUAAAGCAAAAGAGAAAAGCUUACAUAAAUAACUAAUUGUGAUCGUCCUGUGGAUACAUAUUUAACACGAAAAAGGCAACUACGAGCAAACCAAGCGAGAGAUACACAGAUUAACCAUAUAAAACAACUGCUGAACGAAACAUUAAUAACGUUUCAGUGAUGUUUGUAAAUACCGAAGCAAGAUGUUUAAAGGUACGCACGUCUUUCGCCGGCACCGGCAAGGGCCGAUACCAAACGACGCCACGAUGGGCUUUGCAAACCAACUGUUUGUUAACUGUUUUGCAUUUGAUUCGCGUCGCGAUUUGAUUUUGAGAACUCGAAAACGAACUAUUUGUCUAAAUGCCCGUUACGGAUAGAUAACUCUAUUAACAGAUGGUAGCAUCAACACACAGUUAUAACAGUAUACAUUUUGUAUAUAUUUCGUAUAAGAGAAUGUGAGCGGGUUGAGGUCAGGGAAGCGCGGAACACGGAUCGAACCGAAAUGAAACUCGGCGACCGAGAGAACCAGAAACAAUCAAGCGACAACGCUAGGCUAGCGACCGAACGAGGGAAGCCUAGAAACAGUAGGAUGGCAUUCGUGUAACGUAAAACGACAAAAAAGGACGAAUGAAGCGAAUGUAGUACAGUCAAAUGUGAUGGCGAGCCUUGUGUAGUAAGAAGGAACACUUGUCGGGUGAUUUUAGUGGAAACACACACAGCAAUUGUAUUAAGUUGCAACUGUUUAGCUAACAUAGCUUUCGUUUAAGGUAGGUUCGCGGAUGGCAUCCGAACAUCGGGUUCGACGAAACAUUAAGUAUAGUUACCAAAUUGCCGCGUCCACUAGAGCGCGAGAUCGCACGCAUCGGCGAACGGUCGUUAGAUUGUAGACAAACGUCCUUAGGUAACGCGUGUUGACUCUUUGAAUGUGAACGCCAGAUUGGGUAUUAUAUUUACACAGCCGCUGAAAGAAGUUCUUGCAUUUUUGCGUUCAAUUAUGUUCCUUUGCACAUCUAGCUAAUGGGGCCAUCAGAGGAUAGAUUUGGCUCCUCAGUGAUAGUUUUUCCAUCUUCAUUUCCCUCUUUUUCUUUCCUGGGCGAGCGCGGCUUGCUCAAAACUAUACUAUUUCCACGCGGUUAGUCAGCAGGAAGCAGAAAGGUGGUCAUCGGUUUAUGAUUGUGUAUUGAUUUAUGUACAAAGCAGCCUCUAAAAGAAAGGGCGAACGUGCAUCUAAUGCAAACCCCCGAAUGUUAACCAAAUGAACGCGGAGAAAGUAAUCGGAAAAUACCAAGAGAAAAUAAGCGAAACAGGUCGCUCAGAUGCAUUCCUACGAAACACCACAAAACACUACGAAUUAUAACCAACACAAACACACACUCAGUGUUACGAUGAAACCAAACAGACGUCGCGGGACGAAUUGUGGCGCAGGUGGACGAAUAAAAGGAAAAUACAUUGUCGGUAAAAUCGGUAAAAGAGGUCUCUUCUU